CACCGCCCCCGGUGCGCUGCCAUUGGCUGCGAGGCGCGAGGGGCGGGGCCCCGGCGCGGCCGCUCCGGGCUCCCCCCGCUGCCCCGCGCGGAGGUUCCGCCGCCCGCCAGGCCCCGGGCACGGGAAUCCCAAGACGAAUCCGUAAAUCCCAGGAAUUUUUGCCUCUGGAAGCUCGGGAUGCGUUAGAAUUCCAAGAAUUCCCUUUCCCUGAGGAAUGCAGCACCAUGCGCUGCCUGGCCCGCCUCAGCUCCAAGGCUCUGCUGGUUCUCUGCGCUCUCCUGGCGCUGCUCUCGCUGCUCCUCUGGAGCCGCUGCUCCCACCAUUCCCAAACCCCGGCGCGGCCCCCGGAGCGCCCCGAGGAGGAGGAGGAGGAGGAAGCCUCGCCCCGGGACGCUCCGGGAAUCCCGGGAAAUCCCGCCGGGAAAGCGGCGGCGCCGCGCUACGAGGAGAUCGACUGCGUCAUCAACGAGGAGCAGACGGUGAAGGGGCGGCGCGAGGGCUCCGAGGUUUUCCUGCCCUUCAGCUGGGUGGAGAAAUAUUUCCAGGUGUACGGGAGGAUCACGGGAUCCGACGGGAACGAGCGCUUCGAGUUCUCCCACAGCUACUCCAAGGUGUACGCGCAGCGCGCGCCGUACCGGCCCGACGGCGUCUUCAUGUCCUUCGAGGGGUACAACGUGGAGCUGAGGGACAGGGUCAAGUGCAUCAGCGGGGCUGAAGGAGUUCCCGUCUCCACGCAGUGGGGCCCUCAGGGCUACUUCUACCCCAUCCAGAUCGCCCAGUACGGCCUGAGCCACUACAGCAAGAACCUGACCGAGAAGGCGCCGCACGUGGAGGUGUACGAGACGGCGGGAGACGGGAUCGAGAGCGUCGGGAAUAGCGGGAAUGAGGGCGGGAACGGCCGCUGGACCGUGCCCAAGGGCUGCUCCCUCGCCACCGUCUGGGACAAAUCCCGCCUCACCGCCGUCAAGCACUUCUCCUGCCCCGAAAACUCCGAGGGCGUUUCCCUGGAGCUGAACAACGGCCGCGAUUUCAUCAUCUCCUUCGACCUGAAGCUGCAGGGCAACGGCAGCGUCUCGGUGCUGCUGGAGACCACGGAGCGUGGCCGGCCGCUGGCCGUGCGCUACGCGCCGGGGGCGCCGCUGCUGGCGCUGCGCGACGGCGACGUCGUCUACGGCAUCGGCGGCGCCGGCGGCGGCUGGAGGCGGCUGACGCGCGACCUCCUGACCGACCUGCGCAAGGGGCUGGGGCUCUCGCGCACCAAGGCCGUCAAGCAGACCAAGGUGGCCCCCAAGAGGCUCCUGCGCUUGGUGGCCAAAGGCCGCGGCUUCCUGGACAACGUGACGGUGGCGGCCAGCGCGCACACGGCCGCCUUCUUCGCCGCCAGCCGCUGGCUGCUGCGCAACCAGGACGAGCGCGGCGGCUGGCCCAUCGGCGUCACCAGGAAACUGGGAGAGGGUUUCAAAUCCCUGGAGCCGGGCUGGUACUCGGCCAUGGCGCAGGGCCAGGCCAUGUCCACGCUGGUCAGGGCGUACCGGCUGACCGGGGAGCCGGCCUUCCUGAGCGCCGCGCUGCGCGCCACCGCGCCCUUCAAGCUGCCGGCGGAGCGGCGCGGCGUCAAGGCGGUGUUCAUGGAGCGGCACGACUGGUACGAGGAGUACCCCACCACGCCCAGCUCCUUCGUGCUCAACGGCUUCAUGUAUGCCCUGAUCGGCCUCUACGACCUGAAGGAGACGGCGGGCGAGGAGCGCGGCCGCGAGGCGCGGCUGCUCUACGAGCGCGGCAUGGAGUCGCUGAAGGCCAUGCUGCCGCUCUUCGACACCGGCUCCGGCAGCGUCUACGACCUGCGGCACUUCACGCUGGGCACGGCGCCCAACCUGGCGCGCUGGGAUUACCACACCACCCACAUCAACCAGCUGCAGCUGCUCGCCUCCGUGGACGACGCGCCCGUCUUCAGGGAGUUCGUCAAGAGGUGGAAGAGUUACCUGAGAGGGGGGAGAGCCAAGCACAACUGAGAGCCGGGGAGGGAGAGGAGAGCGGGAACGAGGGACGGCGGGGAGCGGGAAUGUGGUGGGGGAGCGGUGAUGCACAGGUCCCAAAAUAAAGGAAAAAUGGGAUUUUGGGAUUGCUGCGGGGAAGUCAUGGCAGAGAGGUCCCAAAAUAAAGGAGAAACUGGGAUUUGGGAGUGCUCCAGGGAAGUCAUGACAGAGAGGUCCCAAAAACAAGGAAAAAUGGAAUUUGGAACUGCUGUGGGGAAGUCACAGCAGAGAGGUCCCAAAAACAAGGAAAAACUGGGAUUUUGGGAUUGCUGCGGGGAAGUCAUGGCAGAGAGGUCCCAAAAACAAGGAAAAACUGGGAUUUGAAAUUGCUUCAGGGAAGUCACGGCACAGCAUGGAGAGUUCCCAAAAUAAAGGAGAAACUGGGAUUUGGGAUUGCUCCAGGGAAGUCAUGACAGAGAGGUCCCAAAAACAAGGAAAAAUGGAAUUUGGAAUUGCUGUGGGGAAGUCACAGCAGAGAGGUCCCAAAAACAUGGAAAAAUGGGAUGUUGGGAUUGCUGCGGGGAAGUCGCAGCUUGGCAGGGAGCAUUCCCAAAAACAAGGAAAAAACGGGAUUUGGAACUGCUGCAGGGAAGUCACGACAGAGAGUUCCUAAAAUAAAGGAAAAACCGGGAUUUGAAACUGCUCCGGGGAAGUCGCAGCCUGGCAUGGAGAGUUCCCAAAACCAAGGAAAACUGGGAUUUGGAACUGCUGCAGGGAAGUGGUGACAGACAAGUCCCAAAAACAAGGAAAAACUGGGAUUUGAAAUUCCUCCAGGGAAGUGGUGGCCCAGCACGGAGCGUUCCCAAAAUAAAGGAAAAAACUGGGAUUUGAAACUGCUGCCGGGAAGUCGUGACAGAGUUCCCAAAAUAAAGGAAAAACCGGGAUUUGAGACUGCUCCAGGGAAAUCGUGGAAUCACAGCCGGGCACGGAGCGUUCCCAAAAAACAGUGGGCGCUGAAAGUGCUCCGGGAAAAUCACCGCUCCCAUUCCCGGCACGGGAAGCUUUGGGAUCAGGACGCUCCCGCCCGGAGCUCCAGACAGGGAUUUGUUGGGAUUGGUUUUGCCUUUUCCAAGGAAAAGGUUUUGCAGGAGCCACAGAAACCUUGGAAUUGUGGCCCAGAGAGCUCAUCCGGGGCCUCUCCCGGCGGGAUUUGGCUCCGUGUGGGAGCGGCUCCCGCGGGAAGCGCUCGGAGCUGGGGGAUUCCUCGGGAUUGGCCUUUUUGGGAUGAGAGAUCCACGCUUGGAAUUCUCUGCCCGGAGAUCCUGGAGCUGCUGGAGGGAUUUUUCAUGGAAAACGCGUGGCCGGUAUCAUGGAAGCACAACUGGGAGCCUGGAGCAAACAGCGCAGGGAUCCGUAUCCCGGUCACUGGAAUUCCCUGGGAACGGGAUCCCGUAUCCCAAUCACUGGAAUUCCCUGGGAAUGGGAUCCCGUAUCCCGGUCACUGGAAUUCCCUGGGAACUGGAUCCCGUAUCCCGGUCACUGGAAUUCCCUGGGAAUGGGAUCCCUUUUCCUGGAUCCCUGUGUUUUCUGUGGGAUUUUGGAAUUCCAUCUGGAGAUUCCUCGGAGCUCUGGGGACGUUUUUGGGAAUGGCUCAAGCGGGACCUGGAGUCCCUCAGGAAAUCCGGGAAUUCGGGAAUUGCCAUUUUUCUCCUGCUCCAGCCCAUCCCGUGUUUUCCCAGCUCCAUCCCAGAGGGUUUUCCAGCUCUCCCUGGGCUGGAAUUCCCGGAGAAGCCACCUCUGGAUCCCUGGGAUGUGGAGCAGCGGGAGCUCCCUGUGGAAUGGGAUGAGCUUUAAGGUCCCUCCCCCAAACAUUCCAUGAUCCCGUGAUCCCCCUGCUGCCCGAUCCCGGGAUUUGGGAAUCCCCGGCGCUCCCGUCCCACGGCGGAGCUCAUCCCGAUCCCAAAAUCCCGGGAUUUGGGAAUCCCUGGCGCUCCCAUUCCACGGCGGAGCUCAUCCCGAUCCCAAAAUCCCGGGAUUUGGGACAACGCCCGUCUCGAUCUUCCCGUCGCUUUCAUUUUUGGAGGUUUUUCCUUCAUUUCCCGCCCGUCCUGGAGCGACUUUUCUGUCCUUUCCAAAAAAUCCCCCUCCAUCCUCCCCCUGCCUGUUCCUUCCGUCGUUUUCCCAUCUGGAAAACCGGGAGAGGCUCCGGGGUGCCUUGGGUGCCUUUCGGAGGCCGGAAUUCCUCUCGGGCGGGAUUUUUUGGGAAUUGGUGCCGGUUUUCCCUCUCCGGAAGUUUGAGAUGAGCGUUCCAAGGUUGUUCUUCUGUCUCUUCCCGGAGGAGCUCCCGGGAAUCCGCAGAGGCUGCGAUUCCAUGGGGAAUCCGCGGGGAAUUCCCGAUAUUCCUUCCGCUCCCUCGUGCGUCGGAAGAGGAUCCUCGGCCGCGGAGCCUCAGAACCUCACGGAAUCCAAAAAUUCCUCAAAACUUCACGGAAUUCCUUCCAGUUUGGGAUCUCUUUGUUCAUUCCCAGCUUCAGAUUCCCGGAGAUCUUCGGGACCAAGGUCGGCUUUGAUCCCAGAUUUUCCGUCGGCUCUUCCCAUGGGAUCCCCUCGCCGGGGCUCCCCCGCCCCAACAGCACAAGCACAACCCUCCCGGGGAUCCGGAAUUCCCUGGGAGCCGGAAUUCCCUGGGAUGCAGAAUUCCCGGGGAUCCAGACAUUCCCUGGGGUCCGGAAUUCCCUGGGAUCCAGGCAUUUCCUGGGAUCCAGACAUUCCCUGGAAUCUGGAUUCCCUGGAAUCUGGCGUUCCCUGGAAUCCGGCAUUCCCUGCAAUUCAGCCUUCCCGGGAAUCCAGGCAUUCCCUGGAAUCUAGAUUCCCUGGGAUCUGGAAUUCCCUGGAAUCCAGCAUUCCCUGGAGUCCAGCAUUGCGUGGAAUCCGCUCGUUCCCUGGAAUCUGGAUUCCCUGGAAUCUGGCGUUCUCUGGAAUCCAGACUUUCCCUGGAAUCUGAGCAUUCCCUGGAAUCCGGCACUCCCUGGAAUCCAGAAUUCCCUGCAAUCCUCUCAUUCCCCGCAAUCCUCUCAUUCCCGUUCUCCUCCUCCUCCCCGGGCGUGGCUUGGCUGGGAUUUCGUUGGAUUUCCCGGGAUUUUCCCUAUGGAAAAUAUGCAAUAAUGGUUUUCCCGGCUGCUCCGGGCCGGCCGCUCCUCCGGGAAGCUCUGGAAGCACAAAGUGCUCGGGAUUCGUUUUGUAAUUCCGCCCCUCCGGAAUAUUUUUUUCUUUUUGGCGGGAAGAGGUUCUCCUCCGUUUCUACGGGACACCGGGAAUGCUCGGGAAGCUUUCUAAGACUGGGAAAUAAAUUUUUUUAUCUUAAGGAAAAAAGAAAA